AUGGGAACUCAUCGACUUUUCAUAGUCCUCGUUGCUUUUUGUUGUUCUUGUCUCAUCGAAGCUAAACCAUACGGAGUAUACCACCAACAAGUGUUCGUGGAUCAAUCAGGCAAUGGAAAUUUCACGAAAAUACAAAAAGCUAUCGAUUCGGUACCAACAAACAAUCGUCAUUGGUUCUUCAUCAACGUUGCAGCUGGUAUUUACUGGGAGAAACUAAAAAUACCGUAUGAUAAACGGUUCAUAGUUAUAAUUGGAGCUGGAAAGAGGAAAACGAGAGUUGAAUGGGACGACCAUUACUCGGUUGAACAAAGCCCUACUUUUGCUUCUGAAGCUAAUAACACCGUCGUUAAAAGCCUCACUUUUGUGAAUACCUAUAAUUUUCCGAGAAACGGGAAGGUGAACAAGAACCCUAGGACUCCGGCGGUGACGGCGAUGAUUAGCGGUGAUAUGUCGGCGUUUUACUCGGUAGGGUUUGCCGGAGUUCAAGAUACUUUGUGGGAUUUGAAAGGCCGACACUACUUUCACCGUUGCACCAUCCAAGGCGCCGUCGAUUUCAUCUUUGGUAACGGCCAAUCUAUUUACAAGAAAUGUGUGAUACAAGUGCUAGGAGCGCUGCUACAACCGGGAACAGCUGGUUACAUAACGGCUCAAGGACGGACCAACCCGUACGACGCAAACGGGUUCGUGUUCAUCGACAGUCUCGUCCACGGAACGGGCAAGGCUUUCUUAGGAAGACCAUGGCGCGGUUACGCUCGAGUAAUCUUUUACAAUACAAACUUGACCAAUGUAAUUGUCCCUGAAGGUUGGGACGCAUGGAAAUACGUGGGACGCGAAUAUCAGCUAACGUUUGCAGAGUAUGGUUGCUUUGGAAGUGGAUCAAAUACACAAAAACGUGUGGGUUGGGUUAAGAAGCUGAGUGGAUCGGUCGUUCAAAGUUUGACUGAUCUCAACUUCAUUAAUAUUGGUGGAUGGCUUCAAUAUUUGCCCAUUCCUGUUUGA